GAAACUGGAUAACAAGUUGUGCAGUUGAGCUAAUAGAGCGUCAGAUCACGCAAGCCAACGCCAAUGGCUGUUUGUAACUAACUGACAUCAAUACUUUUAGCUUUAGUGUUGCCCAUUUACGUGACGUAGAUGCGCGUUUAACGCAAUUCUCGGGAAUAGUUCAUGGUUGUUCUUGUUUUCAACAAAUGCAUUGCUGCAAAGCAUUUCCCCCCCACUUUUGCUUGUGGAUUAGAUCUUUUGGUGUAAUGGAUCACCCCAAGUUUGGCACUCAGAGAUGAGAGGUCUCCACUGUCUAUACUAAAAGGAAAAGAAAACUUCAGAAAGCAGUGAUAAAACACGGAAAUCAAGUGCCCACAGAUCAGGAGUCGGAAGACGAGCGGAGAGUGGGAGUAGUGAAAGUGGUGGAGGAGUGAACCCGGAGCAGGUGAACACAGCUGCGGACCGCCAUGGGCUCUCUUCCAUCGGUCCCGACUCUCCGUCUUCAGGUCUCUGAGAGACGGCAGGGGCCAGCCAGGGAGCGUCGGAGUGGGCAGGCGAGGCAGCUCGCUUUCCCCGCCGGCUACCGGCUCCUCAGCAGCGAGGAGGGAGAGAAAUCAAUACUGAGGAGAGAUGCUGCCAGGGGUCGCCCAACGCUGCCUCCAGCCAUGGAGCCAUGGGAGCCUGUGUGUACCGCUUUCUCUCUCUCUCAGCCCAAUCUCAGUCAACUUGCAUCAGCUAAAGAGAGGGCCAACAGCCUUGACGCUCUUCAUGCAACACUGAGUGUGUGUGCGUGUGUGGUUCUGCCAGAGGGCCUUUCCAGGCUCGGCAUCACUUGAUAAAACUUUGCCUGCUGGAGAACGAGUAGAAAAAGAAUGUCAAAGGUCUUUUUUCCCCAGUCUUUGAUUCCUUUUUCGCUAUGAGUGCACAUUCCCCCUGACUGUUGUAAUGAGUGCUUGACGGAGAUCUCUUUUACGCUAAAUCAAGAGGCCUUCUUUUUUUAGUGGUCCUCCUCCUAAGCAUGCACAAAGUGCUCUACACCUGAUGGGCUGGGAUGAGAGAGCAGUUUGAAUUCUUUUUCACCUUUUCCACCAUGGUUUUACAUGAAUUUUUUGAUGGCCGCCAUUAUUCGAGUGGCUUGGAAAAGGACUUGGGGAAGGGCUUGGCACUUAACUUUCCUGGGCACUUCAUAAUGGCUUUCACCCUUGACCAUGGCACUUGAUGGGUAUUAAUGAAUUCACGGACUAAUGGAGAACAGUGCGAGAUGGAGCAAGUUCCAGAAAAGAGGCCGCAGGUCCUCUUCGGAUAUGGACGACUGAAACGUGGCCUGCACAAGAUGCUAACAAUUCGAAAACUGGAGUGCUGGUUGCAGUGGAUAGUUCCUGUGUCCUUGGAUGCUCAACAGGAACAAGUUGGAUUCGGUGAGAAGAUGUCGGAAGACGCGGGGCGUCAGACUCGUAGUCAGAAGCGGGCGCUGGAGCGAGAUGCCCCUGCUUCGGAAGGCGACUUGAAGAGGGUCAAGUUGGAAAGAGGAGAGUUGGGAGCUGUAGAUGGACUGAAGACUAAAAGCGAACAGGCCAACAAGGUGGCUAACAUCCUGCGGGGCGGGGAGGUGAAGGCCACCAUCAAGGUGGAGGUGCAGACCAGUGACGAGCCUGUGGACAUGAGCACAUCUAAGAGCGACAUAAAGAAAGAGCGACCUCCGACGCCAGAUGAUGAUGUCAUUGUUUUGUCGGACAAUGAGCCUUCUAGUCCUUGUAUGAAUGGGGUCAGCUACAGUUUUAAGAAGACGGAUACUGAGAUGCUAAUGAAAAGCAGCCCGGCCGAACGUGAGCACAUCAUAAAGCAGCUGCAAGAAGAACUGCGUCUGCAGGAGGCCAAACUCGUCCUGCUGAAGAAACUCCGGCAGAGUCAGACCCAAAAAGACGUUGUGCAAAAGUCAACCAAUUCUGUGGCUGCUCCUCCACCUCUCGUCAGGGGCAGCAUCUCAUCCACUAAAGGACCCCUACAGGUCUCCAACCGAAACUCAGGGACAGUCAUUCCUCCUCCUUUGGUACGAGGUGGAGCGCAGGUCUCCAAGCACGGCUCUCAUAAUACCGUAGUCAUGCCACCCUUAGUCAGAGGCUCACAGCCCAUUGCCGUGACCCCGCAGCAGAUUGCGACCCUACGGCAGCAGCAGCAGCAGCACUCGGGUUCUGGUCCCCCUCCUCUUCUUCUGGGCGCGCGCACCUCCGUACCCACCGUGCAGGUGCAGGGCCAGAGGAUCAUUCAGCAGGGCCUGAUCCGCGUGGCAAGUGUAUCCGGCACAAACGUCCUGGUCUCACAGGCCUCUUCAACUGGUUUGAAGACCUCUCAGUCUGGUCUGGGCAGCAGCACCUCAACUGUCAACUCCAAUGACUCUCCCGCCAGCCGGCAGGCUGCCGCCAAGCUUGCGUUACGGAAACAGCUGGAGAAAACCCUCCUUGAGAUUCCACCACCUAAACCUCCAGCACCAGAGCUCAAUUUCCUGCCUUCGGCAGCCAAUAAUGAGUUCAUCUACCUGGUGGGGCUGGAGAUGGUGGUGCAGAACCUGCUAGAUACACUAGCUAAAAGUAAGCAGCCGCAGACUGAAUCUGCAUCCACCCCGGCACCCAAGGAGCCCUUCAUGUGUGCCCAGUGCCAGACAGACUUCACCUCUCGCUGGAGGCAAGAGAAAAGCAGCGGCUCCAUCCUGUGUGAGCAGUGCAUGAGCUCCAACCAGAAGAAGUCGCUAAAGGCUGAGCACACCAGCCGCCUGAAGGCCGCAUUUGUCAAAGCCCUGCAGCAGGAGCAAGAGAUUGAGCAGCGCAUCCUGCAGCAGGCCGCCUCGCCCGUCUCCAAGACCACCACCACUUCCUCUUCAUCCUCCUCAUCCUCGCCGGUGAUUAAAUCCGAACACGUGCUGGUGUCGCCACAGUAUAAGCAGGUGCGCACGUCGCUGCCCCAGCAGACUAACAGAGGGACGUCGGUCGGUCGCUACCACACCAUCACCACCAAGCAGACUCCAGGCCAGCUGUCCCGCAGCAUACAGCAGGUGGUGAGCGCAGGUGCACGCGGGGUGAGCCACAGCUUCUCCACGUCCUCUCAGCUCCAGAACGCUGUCACGGCCGCCGCGCUGGUCAGCAGGCCAGGUAAGCAUGCCGUGAGGGCAGGGGAAAAGGGCACCAGCAGCAGCAACCCCACCACCAAUACCUGGAGGAAACAGAACAGCGGCACCACAGGUGUCACCAUGGCUUACGUCAACCCCAGUCUGUCUGUGCACCGGACGACGUCUCCCGUGGACCGUCAGCGAGAGUACCUUUUGGACAUGAUCCCUUCCCGCUCCAUUUCCCAAACAGCAAAUACAUGGAAGUAGUGCCCUGAUUAAAUCACCCUAAAGUUUCACACAAUUAUAAUCCUGUCUUUUGAACAUUUGGUCGGUUAUCAGUAUCAGACAACCAGCCCUUAAGCAAUAAUAAAAUAAAAUAAAAUAUUAUAUUUUCUCUCUAUUUCUCCUUUGUUCCGAGACCCUUAGUUGUACAGUCUAAGACCCCAUAGGCCAACAGUUGUCCUAGAGAAGAACUGUACUGGGAUCAGUGAUCAAGGAGACACAAGGACCUUUUCUACAGGCCUUUGUAUCCAUCUACUGAAUCCCUCCAUUACCCAGUGGGCUUUAGUGAACUAAUACACAUCCACGGUGGUGAUAUCACCCACAGCUCUCAAUUUACGGCCCUCCAGGUGGUGAAAUUGCUCUAUUAUUUGAAACUAAAGCCUCCGUUCAGCAUUUUAGAGGCUCAUGGACACACUUACCCACAGGAAGUGGAGGAAACAGGACUAGAGAGUUCCUGCGUGACGCCAGGGAUUGUUUAAUGACUUUUUUUGUGGACCAUCUACAUGCUAUAAAAUCACUUUAGCUAAGUUUUCUGACCCACAGCGUCUCUUGAACGGAUAUGGGAGUGUAUGUUUGUGUAUUUGAUGUCAAUACAUUGCUUUUUUUUGUUUUUUAGCUUCACUGUGGACUCAUUCCACCCUUUUCAAAAUGGCCUUUUUUUAAAGGCUACAAGUUUAAGGAAUUGUUAUACUGUUGAGGUGGUUAUACAUCUGCUGGUGUAGUGUGUGUUUUUAAAUACUUUGGGUUGUUUCUUUUUUUUCUUUUGUAUUCUUAUAAAAGACAUUUAACCAAGAGUUUCGCAUCAGGGAUGGUUACAGAGAUGGACGUAACUAACAAAAAGCAGCAGCCGCAACAGGACUACUUCUAGACCUUCAUGUUUGUGCGAUUUGUUUAUCAGAUGAGUCUGACGGUAGCUCAUUUUUAUUUUUCUUACAGGAACAGUUGAUAUAUUACGUUACACUUUGUUACCAUUGUGAUGUGCUCCCCCUUAGACUUUCUUGUAACAGCAUCUAGGUAAUAUUUGGAGGUUGUGUUAUUUAUAAAUGUCACUUUAGAUGAAGGAUAUCCUGUUAGCUCCUUCCCAGAUAGCUUCAAAGGGUUGUGAAUUUUAAGAUUGGACUGUAUUUAGGGUGUUUAAAUGCAAUUUUUUUUGUCUAAAGCACAAUUCGUUUGUGUCCCUUCUACCAUUUUAGAUCCUGUUGGAAGUCAUACCGCUUAAGUCACGGCUUUAUCUUUCCUUAAAGGAAAUGUUUGGGUUGAAAGCAUUUCUGCUUAUUGAAUGUAGCACACAAUCUUAGCUAAAUGAUAUUGAGUCCUACCUGUUAGGUGGUGGUCAUGUUAUUUUUACCAUCUCUUAUUUUCCUUUCAUCUGAUUUGAUUUGCUAGGAGUACGCUCGGUAUUUUAGCUAAACAAUUUUGUAUGUUAUAUACUACAGCUUGGGUCCUUAGUCAUCGCAGUCCAAGAACACAUCAAAGUUCUGCUUCAGUCGAUUCCUUUUUUUUACAUUUCUCGGGAUGAUCCAUUCAGUGAUCUCGAAUGCCUGUGGAGUUUCGGACACAAAUGCCCCCGUUUCUGACUGUUGUUCUGACUACUGCCUGCUGCUGACAACUAACACCAUUCCAUUUCCCCCUGGGAUGCUGCCAUUGUGUGGCAUCUCUUUUAUGAAUUGUCAAAAAAAAAUAAACUUUUUUUUUUCAUCUGUUUCUGCUCUAUCAGCUAAUAAUUAUAAUAAAAACUAAUUUUAACCAG